ACGUACACACACACAAUACUAGUUAUUAUUCAAAUACUUGGCGGCACCACUAGAUAGCGCUCAUAGUCUCGAUAAUGAUCGAUUACAUCGAGUGUAAGAAUCGAUAGUAUUUAAAAAAUAUAAAAAAGAAAAAGAUGAAGGGAUAAAAAAAUGACAGUUACGCUCCUGGUCAUGACGCGGUCAGUGAUGCCGUAGCCAAGGCGACCGCAGUAGCAGACAACCGAAACUCCAACCAUCAGACAACAAAUAUACAAAUUUCGUCGGAGUGUAACACUCCGAUUUUUUCUUCUCUUUGGUGCCUUCACCGUCUGUGCAGUUCUGUGGAGCGACAGGCUCAUCUCUUCAGGAAUAGGGAGGCUGUGGUGGUGGUGAUACGGUGGGUGCAGAGGGAAGUGUAGCAUCAAUUGCCAUGACUACGACAGGAGCCCAGUAUGCCCUCACAGCAUCCACCGGAGCUAAUGGCAGUGGGGGUAGCUCUACUACGGUGGGGGUGGAGCCUAAACCAAGUGUUGUUGUCGUGACUACUUCCAGUUCCAGUGGUGGUGCUAACGUAGCUCAAACUCAGUCUACCAGAGGACAACAGCUAAUCACUGUUGUUACCAGUCCUGAUCCGUCAAGCCCAAGUAAUUUACAACCCAUUCAGGAUCCUCUCGAAACAGCUGCAGAUUCUUCCAAUGGCUCAACAGGUACCCCAGCACAUGUUACAGCACAAGUAGUGGUAAAUACUACUCAUUCUGGUCAGCAUACAUUUGUUGAUAGUGACGCUGCAUCCACUUCUACUGGCGCUAUUGUUAGUGGUUCUCCUCACUACAUAACUGUUACAGUAUCUGGAGAAGCAGAAGCGGUGGGGUCCGAAUCAGUAUCCCAUCCAACCUAUGUUCAAUAUGUUGAGGGGGAUGGUUCUACGUACAUACCGGCAAAUAGUCAGAUGACAUAUCCAGUAUAUGCUGUAGGAGAGGCUGGUGCAAUGUAUACGCCUGCCUCAAGUCAAUAUUAUACUCCAGCCUCAACACCAGUAACAUAUGCACAGGUCACAGCACAAGGAUCAAAUACUACUACUGGACAAUUAUUAUCUCAGGGCAAUGGCACUUACUUAAUCCAGCAAAGCGUUGUAGAUGGUGAUCCAACAACACAUACACUCAUAUCUGCUGCAGCUGCUGCUGCUCGAGCUAGUCCACAAACUGAAAAUGCGGAGGCUGUGGUUAGCGGGGGUGGCGGGGCAUACUUGAUCACUGGUAAUUCAGGAAGUGCUGCUGUUACCGUGGAAGAAGCAGCAGCUGCAGCAGCAAAUAUGACGCAUGCCACUAGGGUCUCCCAAGCCACAGUUCAUUGGCUGGUGGGAAAUUAUGAAACUGCAGAUGGUGUCUCUCUUCCAAGAUCUACACUUUACAAUCAUUACUUACGCCAUUGUUCAGAAAACAAACUAGAUCCAGUAAAUGCUGCGAGUUUUGGAAAACUAAUAAGAUCCGUGUUCUUGGGCUUAAGAACAAGGCGGUUAGGUACUCGAGGGAAUUCUAAAUAUCACUACUACGGAAUCCGGGUUAAACCCAGUUCUCCUUUGGUUAUGUUGAAUGAAGAUGGUACAUCACGUCAGCAGCAAACUACAAAUUCUCAAACUAAACGAUUUAAAUUUGUCAAUCAGAAGCCAGAUCAAGCAUAUGAAAGCAAUACACAUUCAAAUACAAAUAUUUCUUCUAAUACCUCUCCACCACAAUAUCAUCAAUAUCUUGGCGAAGCAAGUGGUGCAAUACCUGAAUUUCCAGAAAUACUUGUUGGACAUGGUUCCUCUUUACCCGAAGACUGUACAUUGGAAGAUAUAGAUACCUUUCGUAGCAUAUAUAGAGAACAUUGUGAGGCAUUUUUAGAUGCUGUCCUAAAUUUUGAAUUUCCAACUGUUGAAAGUCUUUGGAGAGAAUUUUGGCGUAGUCAAGAUAAUAAUAAUGGAGAUGAGUGUGAAGAAGAAAAAUAUUUAUCAAAGACCAAAUUAUAUCAAAUGUGUAAGUGCUCUGAAGUCCAAGAUUUUAUCAGAAAAGUAGAUUAUACAUUUUAUCAAAACUUAGUGGAAGUACUAAUGCCAAAUGUACUAAGACCAAUACCAAGUACUCUAACACAGUCUAUUCGAAAUUUUGCAAAAGGAUUAGAAUCAUGGUUAAUUUCCGCCAUGGCUGAUUGUCCCGAAGAAAUGACUCAAAUUAAGUUAACAGCCGUUUCUGCUUUUGCUCAAACAUUAAGGCGAUAUACAUCAUUAAACCAUCUCGCUCAAGCUGCACGAGCAGUACUUCAAAAUUCUAAUCAAAUAAAUCAAAUGUUAGCAGAUCUUAAUCGAGUUGAUUUUCAUAAUGUACAAGAACAGGCAUCUUGGGUAUGUCAAUGUGAUUAUGGUAUGGUGCAACGUUUGGAGGCAGAUUUUAAAGUGACAUUACAGCAACAAAAUUCAUUAGAAGAUUGGGCAAUAUGGUUAAAAAGUGUUGUAACGCAAGUACUCAAACCUUUUGAAGAGAAACCUACUUUUGCCAAAGCUGCGCGCCAAUUUCUACUCAAAUGGUCUUUCUAUAGCUCAAUGGUUAUUCGUGAUCUUACUCUUAGAAGUGCUGCCAGCUUUGGUUCUUUUCAUCUUAUUAGAUUGUUAUAUGAUGAAUAUAUGUUUUAUUUAAUUGAACAUCAAGUUGCUAUAGCUACUGGAACAACACCUAUUGCGGUAAUGGGUGAUAAAAGUCAAAAUUGUCCAAUAAUUAAUAAUUUUGGUGCAACCUCUAAUGGCGAUACAUCUAAUACAGGUCAACCUAAACGUAUUAAGUUGAGCUAACUGCGUGCCUACGCUCUUAAAUUCGUGAGUAAAAAGAUAGACGAUAAAAAGAGAUUAUACUUUAAAUUAUGGCGUGCAAUUUAAUUUAGAAUAGACGUCAUAAUCUCAUAAUCUCAUUAAAGAUGAAGAUUUUGAAGUAUUUAGCACGAAAGCAUGCAGGCCUAUUGAGACAUACUAGUCCCGCGAAUUAUUUUAUAUAAGAAUAAAUCAUAAUUUAACAGAAUGUCAGACAACUAAGAUUUUUGCAUAAUAUUCAUAUUGUAUACAAUUCAAGUAAAUUUAUUAACGAUAAGUGAUAUAGAAAUAUGUAAAGAAAUAAGAACAAAAUCUUGUCUUAUAUGAUUAUAGUGACAAGUUUAACUUAUUAUUUAAAAAAAAUGUUUAGUUUGUUAAUUUACAAAAUCUAGUCGAAACACUAAAUGAAUGGGACCAUGAAUUUAUCAUGUCCUUUUAGCAUAUGUCAAACUUGCUCGAUCCAGUUUUCUAUAAAGAAUAUAAACCUACAAUGAGAAGUAUAAAAAUAGCUUAUGAUAGAAGUUAUAUAAUAUGUCGCUAUUCAUGAAUAUUUUAAGGCAAAGAAUUAAUCUUAUUUAUUAAUGAUAUAUAAAAUUUUGUAAAAAUGAAUAAUUUUUAAAUAGCCGAUAUGAUCUGCUAUAUUGAAACAAGUAUAUCGAAUAUAUUGAAUGCAUGUUAAAUAAUUAAUUAAAACAAGUUACUUUCAAUUUAUUUUUAUUCAAAGAAAACUGAAUCAAUCAAGUUCAAUCGAGUAACUUCAAACUAUGAAAAAAAAGUGCAUGGAAAUAAAAGAUUAUGAGAAGUAGAUUAUUAUAUGGAUGAAAAUCCACUAUGCACAGUUUUUUGAGUAAUCAUCUACGAUUCACGAAAUCCGCCCUAUCGAUGGUGUUGUCAAAAUAUUCCUACAGGAAGAGGAGUAAAUUAGAUAAUUAAGAUAGUAUAAACAUACAUACAUGUUUUAGAUAUGUCCUAAUAUGCAUAUUUUUUAAUGCGAUUUAUUAAUUGUACAUCGAGCAUUAAGAUUUUGUUGAAAGAUAUCUAUUAAAACCCAUUCACAUUCUCUUGGUAUAUUUAAACGAAUAGUACAAAAUGCCGAUAAGUGUAGAUGAAACAGAGCAACGUCGUUUUAAUUUACUGAAAGAAUAGAAUGUGGUAUCAAAUGUAUAUGUAUAUAUAUUUAUAUAUACAUAUAUAUGUAUAUGUAUAUCAAUUACUUGGCUUGUAAGAAAGUACGUGUCUGUUGGACUUUGUUUAACUACAAAACGCAAUGAAAGGACACUAUUAGUGUCUACAAACAUUUUAUGCAUUUAAAUUAUUUGAAAUUAUAGUUAAGAUAAAUGUCAGUAAAUAUAUGUUUUGUAUUUGUCGACACACAAGUGUCUUUUUGCUGUAUGAUAGAAUAAUAGCUAUAAGCGAGUACAGUAAUCCCUCCAUUUACACGAAUUGACUUGAACGCUCUUGAGCUAUUAAAGCCCAGAUUUCACUACAAUACCUUAUGUGAAAACACAAAUUUGAAGAUUGUUCAAUCCAAUUUAUUUCGUAAUUGCGUAAACUUAUUUGCAGUUGUAUAGUGAACAUUUGUAAUGUAAUAAAAAAAUCGUGAGAUCAAUAAAUAAUGGCAUUAACAAGGGAUACUAUAAAAUGAUUAAGAAAAGAGCAAAAACUCUAAUAAUUUUAGAAAUCAAUUUUAAUAUUGUCGAGACAAUAUUCUAUAGUAUAUAGUUCUAUUUAUGUGGUUUUCAUUUACACGCUGUUUUCGUGCAAUCAAUUACCCGCGUAAAUGGAGGGAUUAUAGUAUUUUGAAAUUGAUGUUAUAUUUUGCUUGUUUACGUAUUAUUUUGAAGAGAUAAAUUAAGAUAAACGAACAAUUCCAAAUAUUUUCUCUAUGUAGUAUGAUUUUUAUUUUUAUCAAAUAACAGGUUUAAUCUAUACUGCUUUCAUAUAUUGGAAAAUAGAUCAUAUUUGUUAUUAUAAAUGAUAUAUUGACUUAGCAUACACAUACAAGAGGGUAUAUAAGUACAAAAAUAAUGCUUACUAUUUAUUAAGUAAUCAACAUUAUUAUUGGUAAAGUGCUUAAAAAUUUUUAAUGUAAUUUUUUUUGUUAAACCAAUGGGUCUUUGUUUUUAU